AUGGCCGGGAGAAGAGGAUUGCUUACCGUAGUUCCCGUGGAAAAUGGCUCGGGCAAGCAGCCACCCGAGAAGAGGCUAAAAGUUGCUCAGGAGCCCAUUGCUUUUAACGAUGAUGAUUUAGAAGGAACGAUUCAGCCACACGUUGAUGCAUUGGUGGUGACAGCCCAUAUAAAGAGUUUUAUAGUAAAGAGGGUAAUGGUGGACCAGGGAAGUGGGGCCGAUGUGAUGUAUCCAGAAUUGUUUAGAGGGCUCAGACUGAAGAAGAAGGACCUCUCAAAAUACGAUACACCCCUGGUUGGUUUUGAUGGUCAGGUGGUGAUUCCCAAGGGGCAAAUAUCACUUCUCGUGAAUAUGAAAGGAAAGGAAGUGACAGUGGCUUUUGUAGUUAUCGCUUCAUUUUCUCCUUAUAUGGCUAUUCUAGGAAGGUCGUGGAUCUAUGCGAUGAGGGCAGUUCCCUCCACCCUGCAUGUGAAGGUUAAAUUCUGCACCGAGCAGGGCAUUGCUAUAGUAAGGGAAAGUCAGCAAGCAAUCAGGCAAUGUUUAAUGGCCGUAGUCGAUUGGAAGUACAAGCAGGCUAAACAAAAUGAAACCACCGAGGAGAUUCCUUUAUAG